CAAGAUUUGCUAGUGAGAGACUGAGUGUUCAACAACUCAGCUUUAAUACAAACAGAGGUAAUGAGUCUCCGUAUUGGCCGAAGUUGUUUUAAAUCUGCUCCACGUUUUCCAUCCCACUCCGCAAGUGGUGGUAUCAUGGGAACGCCAAUGCUAAUAGUCCGAAAAGCGCCAGUGCUCUGAUGACGUGUUUGGGGUGCGACAGUGCGCACAGCAGACCAGAGCGAUGGAAUAGCGUGACCAAACCUGGAGUAAACAAACUUUCUACAGGAACUUCUGUGAAUAUAGCGGGGUCGACGAAGAAGUCCAAGUUGCUUGAUAACUGAUAUACAUAAUGGAGUGGUGUUGGAGAAGUUGUUUAGCUCCAUCAACUGAUCGACAGAAUACGGCACCAUCAUGCUGGUUGUGGAGAGCCGAACUUGCUGUUAGUUGCCCCCCAAGGACGCGAUGCACAGAAGUGAACCAGAUGGACAGAAGCAGGAGUCUCCUUGCGAUACUAUAUCGGCAGCGGUAUAUGCAGUUCAGGACACGUUCUUAGUUGACCCAGCGGUCAUUCUGAUUGCAUUCGGAGUGGUCAUGUUCUUCAUCACAUUCUGCGGUUGCACUGGAGCCCUGCGGCAGAAUAUGCAACUCUUUAAAAUCUUUUCUCUCAGCCUGACCCUGGUCUUUCCCAUCCAGCUUUCCAUCGCUGUGCUGGGAUUCUUUUACUCCGACCAGACUCGUGACACACUUGGAAAGUUUGUGAAAAAAGUCAUUGUGCACUACAGAGAUGACCUGGACCUGCAGAACCAGAUGGACUACAUUCAGAAAGAGUUCAAGUGCUGUGGGUGGAACGACUACACUGACUGGUCCUGGAACCUCUACUUCAACUGCAGCCCAGACAAUCCCAGCACAGAGAGGUGUGGCAUUCCGUAUUCCUGCUGCAUCCCUCUUCCGGGAGAGACUGUCAUCAACACUAUGUGUGGGUUUGGGGUCCAGACACUGAAGUACCUGGAAGCCGCCAAGUCUAUCAACUCAGUGGGGUGUGCAGACAGGGCCGUAAUAUGGAUCGAGUCCCACCUCCUGCUUGUCGGUGCCCUGGCUCUGGGCCUUGCCCUCCCUCAGAUUGUAGGCAUCGUGCUGUCCCAGAUCCUAAUAUCACAGAUUCAGAAAGAGAUUGACUCUGUGUUGUGAUCCUUGGAAAACCCACUAGAGAAGCAGCCCUAAUGCUGUGGCUCUUG